CACUUUGUGUACUUGACAAAUGAGGAGCAUUACUUCUUUGAUUAUCCUUUUUGUCGUCAGCUGUUUGGCAUUUAUAGCAGAUGCUACAUCAACAACAGGUCAUCGUGUUUUAGUUUUACUGGAUUCCUUGUCUGAUAAAGACAACUAUACACAAUUUUGGCAACAAUUGCAAGGCCGAGGCUUCGACUUAGUCUUCAAAAGCGCUGAUGACCCAACAACAUCUCUUUAUUACUUUGGUGAACAAAUAUUUGCUCAUAUUAUUCAUUUUGCACCCAAGUCUAAUUUGGCAUCACAUCCUCAAUUGAACAAUGUUCAGCUCGUCAAUUAUGUCCAAAAGGGCGGUAAUAUGCUCAUUGCUGUCAGUUCUGAUGUUGAUGAUAAUGUUCGUGCUUUGGUUUCAGAGUUUGAUAUCGAAGUAGAGACAGAAAAGGUCUUUGGCCACACUCAAUUUGUUGGAGAGCAUGACCUGAUAGCAACCACCAAUGUCAUUGCUCCAGCAUCUAUUAUUGAAAAGAAACAUAUGGAAGCACCUAUUCUCUAUUCAGGCGCUGGACUGACGGUUGGAAAUAACCCAUUUUCUAUCGCAAUCUUGAAUGCUGAGCAUGACGCUUUUGUUGCCGAGAGCUAUCAGAAAAGAGCUGACACUAGUCAUCCAGUAACGUUAGUAGGCGCCUUACAGGCUCGUAACUCUGCUCGUGUGACAGUUGUAGGUUCUCUUGAUCUUUUCUCUGAUAAACUCAUCAGUUCAGCUGUCAACAUCGACUCGGAUCAUACCUUUGGCAAAUCUGGAAAUGAAGACUUUAUCAACCAUUUAUCCCAAUGGACAUUUCAAGAGAAAGGUGUUUUGAAGAUUGUGGGACAUUACCAUCAUAAAGAAAAUGAGACGGAACAACGUACAUGGUAUCGUUUGAAAGAUGAUAUUGUGUAUACAAUUGAUAUUGUAGAAUAUAAGGACAGUCAGUGGGUACCUUUUAAAGCAAAUGAUAUUCAACUUGAAGUGAUCAUGCUUGAUCCUUAUAUUCGCACUACGCUAAAACAGGUGUCAAAUGAGGAUGCUGUUGGUAGAUUUGAAGCACACAUCAAGCUCCCCGAUGUUUAUGGCGUAUUUACAUUCAAGGUCAACUAUAAGCGCUCUGGCCUUACUUACUUAUUGGCCGAAGACCAAGUGUCUAUUAGACCAUUUAGACACAACGAAUACCCUCGUUUCUUAACAGCGGCCUAUCCUUACUACACUGCUACAGGCUCAAUGAUGAUCGGAUUUAUUGUAUUUAGUAUCGUUUGGUUGUCCACCUGGGGUGGAAGUGAUUUGAGAAAGACAAAUACUAAAAACAACUAAAUAAAAACGCGUAAACACUUGG